ACAACACAAACGCAGUUUCACAGCAGCCUGGCUCAACAGCGAGCAUGCUCAGUGCCUCUCUGACCUACUUGUGCAAGCUGAGUCCGGGGAGCUCAGUCUGCAGCUUUGCUGGGAGAUAGCCGACCUGGACGGCGGAGGCGGCAGAAGCUUGAGUAGAGGGGUGCAGAACUUGACGUUCCCCGGGAGAGCAAAUCCUCCUGCACCUGCUGGGGCUCCAAAAGCCGAAAUUAUCCGGAAGUAGCUUCCAAAAUGCCUAAACGGCAGCUCUAGGGAAAGCUGUGGACAAGAAAACGUAUCGGCUAACGAAGCUGCCUCUUGGUAAACAUUGCUGUCCGGUUUAUCUCCAUCCCUACUGGGAAUCACAGAACACUGGCACUGGGCAAUGCAGACAGGGUGCCCCACGCUAGGAGGUGAGGGUCAAGUCAAUCAGGAGGGAGAAAGAGAGGGUUCACCUCUUUUCCAACUAUCCCUGAUAGAUUCGACUAGCAAAGAUAAUGGUGGGUGGGAAGGGCGAUGUUGCAGAGGAAGGUAGCGAUGGCUGUUUGGUGGCUUCUUGUGUGGCAGCUUAUGCGGGCGCAGCGCCUGAAUCCAUUGUUAGGGUUAACGAAAAACUGAGGCGGUCCAUUAACUGUGAUUGGCAGAUAUAUUUGCAGACAGGUGAACAUGUUCAAGAGCCACCUUCUUUUGUACUACUGGACCGUCUUUCAUGUUUUCGAUUUAUUAGCAGUAUGGACAACUGCUGAAGAUGUCAUUAACAGCACUUUAAAUCAUACAGACCUGUUGAUUGGAUCUGUACCAAUGGUAAUCUCCAGAAUUGACCACAUUAUAGUCAAGGAAGGUUAUAGUGCCUUGAUUGACUGCAACGUUCAAGGUUAUCCAGAACCAGUGUACAAGUGGUACAACUCAAAUGGCCAUUUGGUGAAAGAAGAUGGUAACAGAGCAGGAAAAUGGAUUCUCAAUAGCGGGCAACUAAAUAUUACCAGUGUGUCAUUUGAAGAUCGAGGAAAAUACACAUGUGUUGCUUCUAACAUCUAUGGCAAAGUGAAUAAUACUGUCACUCUAAGGGUUGUAUUUACCGCUGGAGAUAUGGGGAUCUACUACAUGAUUGUAUGUCUUGUAGCAUUUACCAUUGUUUUGAUCUUAAAUAUUACUAGACUAUGCAUGAUGAGUAGCCACUUGAAAAAGACUGAGAAAGCUAUCAAUGAAUUUUUUCGGACAGAAGGAGCUGAAAAGCUGCAAAAAGCUUUUGAGAUUGCUAAGCGCAUCCCAAUCAUCACCUCAGCAAAAACUCUUGAGCUUGCCAAAGUAACCCAGUUUAAAACAAUGGAGUUUGCCCGCUACAUUGAGGAACUAGCUAGAAGUGUUCCCCUACCACCUCUUAUAAUUAAUUGUAGGACUAUAAUGGAAGAAAUCAUGGAAGUAGUCAGAUUAGAGGAACAAGGCCAUAAAUUUGUACGGCAAUCAACUGUGGGGCAAGGGAUCAUGGACCCUGACGAAAUGUAUAUGAUUUCCAGUCCCCUAAAACGUAGUGACUCUCUUGCUGCUGAUUCAGAUGCAUCUUCUUUGCAUGAACCACCACUCAAGAUUGCUAUAAAAGCCUCAGUUCACCAGUUAACUAAGAAGGACAGUAUUGAUCACCUGACACACGAUAAUGUAGCUUUACAAAUGAAAGAAGAGAAAGAAGUUGCUCGGGUACAGGCACAACCUAGUGACCUGGUCUUGGAACCUUCUACUGAAUUCACCUCAGUUGAGACAAUUGUGGGAAGCGGCAAGGAAACAUGUACUAUUUAUGAAAGCCAUUUAUGAUCAUUUAUCAGCAAAUGCAUAAUAAUAAAAAUAGUGAUAAAAUGAGGUGGCAGAGGUGAUAAAUCAAAAAGAUUUUUUUGCCAGUAAGCCUUGUCUGAACACUAUAAUUGCAAAAACAAUAUGGAUGGAUUACCUGAUAAAUUCUUUCUCAUUAUAUACUGUGCAGUAUAUUUAGCUGAGACAUUUGAUAGAAUAAUUCCUAUGACACUAAUAUUUAAUUGCUCUUUUUGUUCCAGGGAGAUUUUAAUUAAUGUUAUUUUAGCUCACAAAACACCUCAGAUAAUGGAUUAGGAUUCUGUUGAUUGCAAGAACAUCUAGAAAUUGUGUUUACCACUUAGAAAUAAGUUCUUAAAAUUCUCAAUCUGAACAUUCCAUUUCAGAGUAGAGCUGUUGAAGUCAGGAGAGCUUUUGUAAGAUCUGUAAUAACAAGAUGCUAUAAUGCUAUAAUAUAACCUAAUGCAUGCAUACAUUACAAAAAAAAUCGCCUUUAUUUUUCAUUUUGUUCUAUCAAUUACUUUUGUGUAUUUUUGUAAAUUCAAAUAUUGAACCUGAAGAACAUUUCUGUAGCCAAACUAAAAUACUGUAUGUAGGAUACCAUUAUCCUACAUUUAUUUCAUCAGAUCGUUUAUAUUUAAAACAAUAUAUUUUUGGCAGUUUUUAAUUUAAUUGAAAAAAGUAAUAAUUUCUUCACAAACUGGAUAAUUGGCUACUUCUUUCUUCCACAAGAUCAUAAGCAGUCUCUAGGCAGAAAGUCUCAAGAUAGCUACCCGUUAUCCCAAUUACAAAGCACCUUGAUGCUUGGUGCUUAAUUUUCCCAUGGAAAGUUUUUCAGUUAGUAAUGAAGAAUGGAGGCUAAGUGCAAGCUAAAUGGCUUUGGCUGUUUCCAUGGGGAAGGAGGAUUAUAAGAGAAAGCAUGAGAGAUAAAUGUCAAGGUUCUGACUAAUGAAACUGAAUAAAGUAGAACUCUGAAGCUUGA